AUGCUCUGCACACAUCAAAUGACCACAUCAAUAACGGUGGUGAUAGUUACAAAUACAGCAUUUUUCCCAGAAAAACGUCAGAUGUUCCCUGCAAAGUGGCAAUUAUACCAAUUAAGGGAGUUUUCAGUUUUGCUUUGUUGUCGCAAACAUACAACAAACAGCACUAACAGCAGCAACAACAAUAACAACGAGAACAUGCAUAACUUGAAAGCCAUGCGGUCGUUUGAUCAGUUCAUUAGCUUUGUUUGCUUAUGGUUUCAUAAUGGGUGUGUCAAGUCAAAUGAAGGCCAGUGUGGUGCAGAAGAAGCUUGUAUGUCUGCCUAUGACGAUGAACGAACAUCAUUUACGCUACGCUCUACGCUACGCUCUACGCUACGCUCUACGCUACGCUCUACGCUACGCUCUACGCUACGCUCUACGCUACGCUCUACGCUACGCUCUACGCUACGCUCUACGCUACGCUCUACGCUACGCUCUACGCUACGCUCUACGCUACGCUCUACGCUACGCUCUACGCUACGCUCUACGCUACGCUCUACGCUACGCUCUACGCUACGCUCUACGCUACGCUCUACGCUACGCUCUACGCUACGCUCUACGCUACGCUCUACGCUACGCUCUACGCUACGCUCUACGCUACGCUCUACGCUACGCUCUACGCUACGCUCUACGCUACGCUCUACGCUACGCUCUACGCUACGCUCUACGCUACGCUCUACGCUACGCUCUACGCUACGCUCUACGCUACGCUCUACGCUACGCUCUACGCUACGCUCUACGCUACGCUCUACGCUACGCUCUACGCUACGCUCUACGCUACGCUCUACGCUACGCUCUACGCUACGCUCUACGCUACGCUCUACGCUACGCUCUACGCUACGCUCUACGCUACGCUCUACGCUACGCUCUACGCUACGCUCUACGCUACGCUCUACGCUACGCUCUAUGCUACGCUCUACGCUACGCUCUACGCUACGCUCUACGCUACGCUCUACGCUACGCUCUACGCUAUGCUCCACGCCGUAG